AUGCGUUUCACCUGGAUCCUCGCUGGCGCCUCGGUCGCGCUGGCCAAGCCCAACAAGGGCGGCCUCGAUACGCUGGUCGCGCUGGCCAAGCCCAACAAGGGCGGCUUCGAUACGCUGGUCGCCUUCGGUAACAGCUACACCGACAACGGCCGUCUGGGAUACUACAUUAACAAUGGCGGCGAGGCCCCUCCGCCGGGCGAGAUGCAUGACGAGUCGACCACGACAGCGAGCGGUGGCCUGUCCUGGGCCCAAUUCGCCGCAGAGUCCGCCGGCGCCAAGCUGAUGGACUAUGCCGUCAGCGGCGCCGUCUGCUCCAACCAGAUCAGCCCCCGAAGCUUCGACCUCAUCAACCGGACCUUCCCGGCCAUCCUGGACGACCAGAUGCCGUCCUUCCAGGCCGACGUAGCCUUCAAGUCGCUCUACCCGCACCGCACCGCCGAAAACACGGUGUAUGCCGUGUGGAUCGGGACCAACGACCUGGGUUUCGACGCUUUCCUGUCGGACUCGCAAAUCGCCGGCAAGACCAUCAGCGACUUUGUCGACUGCGUCUUCUCCGUGCUCGACGAGGUCUACAAGACGGGCGGUCGGCGCUUCGUCCUGCUCAAUGCGGUGCCGCUAGAGCUAGCUCCGCUGUACGCGCACCCCAACAACGGCGGGACCCUCGACUCGCAGUUCUGGAAGACCAAGAGCCAGUACAACAUCACCGAGUACAGCCAAAAGAUCAGGGAGUACUCGACUAGCGUCAACACCAUGCUGGAGUACGGCGUACCCGUCAUGGCCUCUCUCCGCCGCCGCUGGCCCAAGGCGACGGUCGAUAUCUUUGACGUCCAUAGCCUGUUCGGCGAUAUCUACAGCGAGCCGACCAAGUUCCUAGAGGCGCCGCACAAUGUCGACAGCUAUUAUCAUCAGUGCGAAGUGGCCGGCAGCCCGUGUGUCGACCAACCGGGCUCCCUCGACGGGUACUUGUGGUUUGACGAGCUGCAUCCCUCGAACAAGACCAGUGCCAUCGUUGGCCAGAACUUCCUCGACGUGGUGGCCGGUAAGUCCAAGUAUGGAUCCCGCCAUCAUUGAUUUUCCGAGUGCCGAGACCGAGACGGCAUUGCGAGCCCGAGUAGAAGGGAGUCUAGGUACCGUGAGUCAGUUUGGACGGCGAAGGAUAGACCCAUAGCUUGGUACCCAUCCUGCACAGCAGUCAAUCCAACCAUUUUUCAAAAAUAAA